UGGGCAUGGUUUAAACGCAGUUAGAAGAGGAGGAGACGCGGUAGCAAGCAGAGGGAGGUUGAUGAGCGAAAGUACUCACCCAUUGCGCGCAGUACAGUAUAUUGUUGAUACGAGGCGGGCAGCGGCAGGCUUACAAACAUCCCUGUCACCAACCCUGAGUAAGAGGGACUAGAUAAGUGCCUGGCUGAGCCGAGGCAAGACGCACUCAUUAAACUGGAAGAACGGAACUGGUGAGACACACGAGCGUACAUGUGGAAUUGGAAUAGAAGCAGAGGAGGAUGACUGAGGCAGCGUCACGCAUGGACAAGACUCCUCUUUGGAAAAGCGUUCUUUCCAGGACAGGCCUGUGAAGCCUGUUUUGUCUGUCACCUUUCCAGUGGAGAAAAUUAUAAAUCAAUUGCCAACAAAGUUUGACAACAAAUACUCCAGAGACCACAGUCUGGACUGAAGAAAAUACAUAUCCACCGAACAUUGUACUCUGAAGAGCUUUCUGCUAUUUCUGUCAUUGUUUGUGUUGUUUUUCUGUGGGAAGCAGGCUGCUAAUUUAGGAACAAUCUUGGAAGAAAGAAAAAAGGACUGCAAUUAUCGGAGUGCCUCUACAACUACUGAAUAUAGAUAUCAAUUUGUAUAGCAGCUCAAGAGCCCAACAAAGAAACUCAUUUUAGAAAACCCACUGUGAUAUUGUGGCUGUGUGAAUUGCUACUCUUCUUUAAUGCCGCAUUUCCUAGAUUUUGACUCUGGGGACAUUUAGGGCUGUGCUCUUAGAGAGAGAGAGAGAAACAAGGGAAAAAAAGGAAAGCCUGACUUGCAGAGUGAAAAGGACCUUUCUUCAAUAGAGGACACACGGACUGCAAACUUUGCCUGUCUCUUACUUUGUCGCUGGAUUUGACCUAGACCAUCCUUUGCUUUGAUGUCUUUACCUAGAGCGGCUGAAAAUGAAGCCACUCACGCCAAUUGGUUCCCCGUCUCCACUGCGGCUUCUGAACAAGGGCCCCGAGUACCUGCGCAGGCAGAUGGACAGCGGCAGCAGGGGGCGUUCGGUGAGCGCCGUGGAGCAACUGGAGGCUGACAAGGCCAAGUACGUGAAAAGCCAGCAGGUGAUCAACACCAAGCAGGAGCCAGUGCUUGUGCCUUGUGCUACUCCCCCACCGCAGCCGAGAAGACCCUUCACAGUGCCACACGCCACAACCCCUCUGCAGCCCAGGAAGUUCAGCGCUCCCUGUGCCAGUCCCUCACCCCUGCCCAGGAGAUCCUUUAUCCUCUGUGAUGACGACGUCUUCAAAGACCUGGAUGCCAAGAAGGAGAACCGCAGCUUGUUGGUGCACAAGAGUAUCAGGAACAUCCAGGUCACCCCUUCGGUCCAAAACCCCCCGGUUCUACGUAGAAGCACUGGCAAGAGAAUGCUGAGGCCAGACUCCCUGAUCAUCUACAGGCAGAAACGGGAGUGCAAUACCUCCAGCAGGGAUACCAAAGGGAACAGCUUUGUCAAGCGCUUGUUUCAGGGCUCCAUGAGGGAGAAGCACACCCCUGAGAAGCUCAUCAUCAGCGAAGAGAAGUCCCCCUCGAAAGAGGAGGAUUCUCGGAUGUCUUGGGCCAACGAAAAGGAGAGCCCCAAGAGUGACCAAAGUGAAAGGGAACUCUUCGUAGCCCCUAGCACCCCGCAAACCUCGGAGAAGAGAGACAAAGAGACAACCGACACUGGCGAUGAGUCCAGCAACCCAGCCAUUUUAAGGAAAACAGGGCUUCAGCGAUCCAAGUCGGAGUUGUGGUUGCGGUACUCAUUGGACUUGUCCGAGAAAGAGCAUUUCUUCAGCUACUGCGGGCUGGACCUGGAGAUAGUGGACAGAAUAGGGCUGGAGAACUUCUACACGGCCAGCUCGGAUACCGUGUCUCUGCUGCUGCGGAGCGCCAGCAUGGGCUGCUCGGAACCCAGCGAGUUCUCCCGCCGGAGCGGGGAGGGGCUGUUUGAGGAGGAAGUAACCGAGCAGAGCCCUACUGGGGUAUCUGUGAUCGAGCGGAACGCCCGGGUUAUCAAGUGGCUUUAUGGGUGCAGGAACGCCAAAGACACUCCCAAAGAAUCCACAGUGUAACAGGACGGCAAGCUGGGACUUUGAAAACGCUGUUAUACUUGGAAACUAAUAUUUUAGAUUCCUCGACAAAACAUGACGACCAUGUGCUGGUAUAUUUAUUUAUUUUUAAUUUGUACCAAUGCGCAAUUUCUUCAUCUCAUCUAAGCCUUACGGAAAAAGAAAGUGUAAAUAAUGUAUUUAUGUUUUGUUGAUUGAGACGUAGACAUCAGAAUGCCCAGCAAUUUAAUCUCCAAAUUUGAAAUGUUCAUAAUUUGAAAUGCAGGCUGUAACUGAUGGAAACAACAAAAUAAAAUCCAAACUAUUUUAAUAACCACUAUAAA